AUGACCACAUACAACAUCAUCAUCAUCGGCGCCGGCAUCGCCGGUCUCGCAGCCGCAAUCUCCCUCCGCCAUCCCACCCGAAGAAUCCUCCUCCUCGAACAAUCCCCCCUGAGUACCGAAAUCGGCGCCACCAUCUCCCUCCAACCGAACGCCUCGAAGCUCGUUGCCCGAUGGGGUGUAUCCGAUCUCCUCGCACCACUGGCCAUGACGGAUACUGCGUUCUCGGUGUAUGAUCUGUCCGGGUCGUUGAAGACGCAUGUUUCUCUGUCAUCGUCGAUGGGAACGUACGGUGCCGAGAGGAUGAUUUAUCAUCGACAAGAUUUGCACGCUGUGUUGCGGGAGAGGGCGACGUCGGUGGAGUAUGAGGGGCUUCCGGCGGAGGUAUGGGUAGGGAAGAGGGUGGUGGGGGUGGAUUGUGAAGAGGGGGUUGUGGAGAUAAGUGAUGGGGAGACGGUGCGGGGGGAUUUGAUCAUCGGGGCGGAUGGAAUCAAGUCCGUGACGAGGGGGUAUGUACUUGGGAAGGAGGUUGCGGCGAGAUUGACCGGGUGGAGUGCGUAUCGGAUGAUGGUGGAGAUGGAGGACUUGGUGCAGGAUGAGGCGUUUGUGAAGGUGGUGGAUCCGAGGGUGAGUCGGACGGUUAUGGUGGUGGGGGAUCGCCGGAGGAUGGUCAUGGGUCCGGCGAGAGGAGGGAAGGUGUAUAGUGUUGUUGCGUUGGUGCCGGAUGAGAUGGGCGAGGGAGGGGGAAAGGGGACGAGUUGGGUGACGAAGGGUGAUCGGGGGAAGAUGUUGGAUACGUUUGGGGAUUUUCCAGACUGGGCGAGGGCGCCGUUACGGUUAGCGCAGGGGGAGAUAGGGUUGUGGCAGUUGAGGGAUCUGGAUCCGUUGGAGACGUGGUGCAAAGGACGGGUGAUUUUGAUUGGAGAUUCGGCACAUGCCAUGUUGCCGACGCAGGGACAGGGAGGAAGUCAGGCCAUUGAGGAUGCGGAAGCGUUGGGGGCGUUGUUCAGGGAAUUGGGGGGAGAUGAAGAGGGUGGCGGGAGAUGGAAGAGGGAGGAUGUGGAGAGGAUUAACCAGGAGGUGUUUGAGUGUCGAUAUGAACGGGCCACCACGAUCCAGGCGUAUAGUCGGUUGGCCGGCGGCGAGGACGAGAGAGCCAAGGUGGCCAUGAAUCCGGCCGAAUUUAUGGAUUACAAUUGUUUGUAUGAGGGGGCUAUCGAUUGGAGGAGGCGGCAGGUCGUUGUGUAA